CAUUUGCUUGGAGAUUGGGACAUAGUAUUCACGCUUUAAGUUGGUUACACUUACCUAAACGUAGACAACUUUUAAAAUUAGGUCAUAAUUUCCUUUAAGAGGAGAUGAAGUGUCUUUGAAUCAUUAGGGUCAAUUUGAAGAGAUAAAUUUAUUGGCUGUCUAAUCUGCGGUCAGACGAGCACACGCCCUUUGUGGUAUUAGUUCAGCAUGUGGGCUCUACUUAAUUAAUUGUUCGCUCUUUCACCAAUUAACGCGCUGAAAAUAUUGUAACAAAAUUAAAUUCAGGAAUAGAAGUCUGUGAUGUUGUUUAGAAGUGAACCUCCGCAUGUCCGUGAUAACUUAUUCACGCUGGAAAGUGAGACAGCAGACGUUUUUAAUGCUUGAGGAAAAUAUGGAACAAGUCGUCUUGUUUUCUUCUCCAAUUUGAUGUUAUUUACAGACUUGAAUUAAUGUUGUUUAUACCCACUGCACCAAAAUCGAGCCAAAACUAGACAGUAAUACUGAAAUGAGAGCGUGAAAACUGGGUACUCGACAUCUGUAACGUCCACCUUCCCAGCUUUUAAAUAACCCAGAAGAUUUGAUUUAUAUAUCUACGCAGUUCUUGGAGCUGAACGCCAGUCAAAGAUUCACCCCAAUAGGAAGUAAGUUCAUUAUUAUUUCUGGCUUACGAACAGCUUUAUGUCACCCACGAGAGAAAACAUUCUUUUUAAUAGUGCGCUGGAGAGAAAUAGAUACUUUGUAGGCGUACUGCGAAUGAAGGCGUUUUGCUUUUUCCCUUAACUGAAUCAUGAGCUGUGCCAGUUACAAAAACAUGUACAUGAAGGCCACCGACUCCAUGCUCACGUCAUUUUACUAUCUCAUGUUGAGCAAGUCAUGGGUGACUAACGUGAUUAGCAUUCAUGACUAGGAUGAUCUCACCCUUUGUUUACAGUGCAAUUUUCUUUACCAAUCCUUGAUUUAUCUAAAACAGAUUUUGACAAAAAAUGUCAAAUGAGUGGUUCAUAGAACAAAUGUUGAAAUUAUUAGAGAAAACAGGAAAUUGGAUUUUGAGGAAUUCGCCCUUUUCGAUGACGAUAUGACCUGCAUGGCCUCGUUUUGAGACGUUUUGGUCUUCUGGAACAUUAAAUAAAUUAUAUACCUUUCAUUCUUAGCAGAAAUGUUGGUCUCCUGUAGAAUACACAGCUGGUGGCGUUACGUUAUACUUUGGUAACCUCCGCUUAUAGCAAGUUCUUGGACAGGUCACGCUCUUCUGUUUGUCACCAAAGACCGGAAAUUCCUCCAACUUGCCGUUUUGUGGGGCGACUGGAAACGAAAACUGUUCUCAAAUAUCAGUUAGAGAUAGGAAAAUGAAAGGCGUUUGCACACGAUUUCCUGACAGCAGCCGCGAAACUCAACAGACAAAACCGGAUUAAUGGGCACGGCCAAUGGUGUGGGAAUCAUGUGCGGUUUCUGACGGAUUUUACAACCGGUUUUCUCACAAUGGUGCUCCAGUCUUCACUUGUCCUCUACCCGAUCAAAAUGUCUCAGAAAUUCGUUAAUCUCUCGCUGAGAUUACUUGUAUUUGCACUUAUUCUUGUGGUGGAAAGCAGAAGAAGUACUUUCAAUAUUACACGAUACACAGAAGGUGAUCUUUUUCAAAACAUAAACUCUUCCAGAUCUUGUAAUGAGAGUGGUGCAAGAUGCGUCCUCGAUGGAGAAAACUCGCCAUUUUGCGGGUUCAAUUGUUGUUAUUGUAACUGCGAGAGAGAGAAACCAACCUAUCUUCAAAGCAAUGGGACGUGUCGCUCUGACGAGCAACUUAUGUCCAUUUUGAAAGCUCAAAGUGUUAUUCAAGGUUGUGAAUACCGUGCUGUUGUGGGCGACAGUUAUCGCCAAUGUCACCGUGAACUUCUCGCAACUCUUAACACAAGACAUCCUGGGAACAGAAGCGUUUAUUUGUGUCCAUGGAGCCAGAAACCUACUGUUGCCCUUCUACAUUUUAAACUUACCAAGGAAUUGUCGAGAUGCGAGAUACUACCGAAGGAAUCGCUUUAUCUUGAUGGUAGCUGGGAAAACUUUUUAUCUAAUGACAAACCUCUUUCGACACUAUCUGUCGAAAUUCAUCCAGAUCCUGACUAUGAUGAGAACAAGCUAUUUCUCAAAUGGACUAAUGACAUUGGAAAGCAGUACGAUGGACGCAUUUUCUCGCUCAAGUUGCGGUGUCAUGGAGACGAAGGAAACGUUUCAAAUUCUUGUUUGUUUUUCAAGAAGAAUGGAUCUCUUACUGACAUCGUACCAACCUCAAAGCCAUCGGUUAAAAGCACGCGUGUCUCAAAGCCAUCGGUAAAAAGCACCCGUGUCUCAAAGCCAUCGGUUAAAAGCAUCCGUGUCACAAGUACUCCUGUCGAGCGGAACACUACAACAGGUGCAAAGACGUCAUCAGCCUCGACAGAAAUCAAUUUGGUUUCGUCAACCGUGCGCACUCAGAUUAUUAUUGUAACGUCACUUAAAGGCCACCAACAGAAGUUCAACAUAAUUCUCAUUGCCUUGGUGGCUCUGGGUUCUGCGUUGAUUGUUGUACUAACCUGCUUGGUCGUAAUUUGUAUCGUGUGGAAACGAAAAAGCAAGUAACCCUGUUUACGAGCGAGGGGCUUCGGACACGUUAAAAAUGGCGAAACUUUCGGUUAGAAGUGGCGAAGAAGUCGAGGAAGGACUAGAAUAUCAGCCACUGGUGGAGAACACCAAGCCAGCUGAGCGCUCAGACAGUCUACCGGGAUACAGAUCGCUGUCUGUUGGUCAGAGACCCGCUAACGGUAACAAUCCAGGGAUUCGUUCGUCCAAUUACCUCAGUUUGAUACAGGAUGAACCUCAAGAUGAAAGAGACUAUCAAACGCUGGUUGACAACGCCAAUCCACAGAAACUGGAGACCGUUGAUGAAGAAAAGAUUCCGGACUACCAAGAACUAGAAGAGAGAACUGAUAGUGAAGAUUCAUUUGAAACGUCUCCUCACCAUUCUGAGGAUUCCUACUCGGAUCAUGAAGAACCUCCAGCGGACACGAUUCUGAGGAAAAUAAAAUAUCCUGCAACAACAAAACAACCCGUAAAUGGUUUGUCUUCAGACUUUCAUGAUUAUGAUGAACCAGAGGGUAUUAUUGUUCUAUCAGAUAAUGAGGAUAAUCAUGAACAGGCAAUAAAAGACAAUACUGACUUCCACGAUUAUGCCGACCUGGAUGAUAAUCCCGAGCAGGCAAUAACAGACGAUGUUAACUAUCACGAUUACGCUGACCUGGACGAUGACGAUGAUGAGGUGGAUAACAAGAACCGUCACGUGGUACCCGAUGAAGAUUCUUCGUGCUAUCAUGACUAUGCCGAUCCUGACGAGUAACGAAAGUCACGUACUUUUUAAAAUGUCUAGAGAGAGGUUAGGCAUUUUAAAACAUCGUGGUAUCCGAGAGUGCGACUGACAGUAGUUAACAACAGGAUUCAUCUUAGUGAAGUUUGGAAAUUGUCAUCAACUUCGCCAGCAUUGUUCGUGAAAAAAAUUACAGCAGAACUCUGUCUGUUGGCUAUCAAGAUGUUGUGUCAUUUGCCAUUGUCAUUUUUUUUUAAAUAACCCAGUCUACAGUCGUCGUAAAAGUAAAUCGAGGAUUGAGAAAAACUACAAACUUGCUCGAAGUUAACUACAGUUCAAUUUUUAUCGUGUAUGUUUAGUAGCAGAAAUUGCCGGCAAGAACACAUCUGCUGCAUUCUUGUGGUUUCAGAUUGGCCAGCGACAAUCUGAAGAUCUUCGGUACUAGUGAUUCUCCCAACAGCUCCAACGUCCUUGUUUACAAAAAGAAUAGCCCUUGUCAAUGACGUUAACUCUUCAAUAGAGGACAUGUGAGGGAUGCGGUUUUAAGGGCGAUUGAGGAUAUGAGAAAAGACUUAAUGACAAAUUCUUCUGAAUUAGACACAAAGGGAUACGACUUAUCCUACCCCCCUCUAACUUAUACCGAAAUUUAUUUUGUUGUCUAUACUAAGACUAACGAGAUGUAUUUAAUGGAAAAUGGAAAAUUAUUGCCAUGGCAAAACUUUCUGUCAUCUUUUCUUUCGAGAUGGAAGAGAUUUACUUUGCUUUCUUAAGACAGACAUCGUUUUAGAUGUUUGAAGGAAGACUGCUUAAGGGAUAUCGAAUCUAUAUUCGUAUAUACAAUAACUUUGAUAACCCUUGUGAGGUAAAUAAUGAAGAUUCAAAUUAAACGAAGAAUUCUAUUCUGGCAAAUAUUUUUUA